UGUGUGUCUGCUUGUAUGUGAGUGUGUCCGUCACGCUCUUGUUCACCUCUCUGACAAGUUAACAUUAAAAAAGCCUCAAACUGGAUUGCAAUUAUGCAAUGGGCAGUCCAUACUACAGAGACAUGGAUGAGCCAACAAGUCCCGCGGGGGCGGGACAUCAUCGAAGUCGAAGUGCCAGUAGACCCGUAAUGUCACAUGGUCUGGAUUAUCCAAGAGCCCCCCGUUAUCAGUCCUUGGAUAGAGGUGGUCUGGUUGAUCAUCAUGAUCGUGAGUUCAUACCCAUACGUGAGCCCAGAGAUCGUUCGCGAGAUCGAUCACUGGAGCGAGGUUUAUAUCUGGAAGAUGAACUCUAUGGGCGUUCGGCAAGGCAGAGUCCUAAUCCGUUGGGUUUUAACUCGGGCAUACCGCCAACGGAUCGAGCGUAUUUGGGCGAUUUACAACAUCAGAAUACAGAUCUGCAGAGAGAGCUGGGUCAACUUAAACGCGAAUUGGAGUUGACAAAUCAAAAACUCGGUAGUUCCAUGCACAGUAUUAAGACUUUUUGGUCACCCGAACUGAAAAAGGAACGAGCCCUCCGCAAAGAAGAAAGCGCGAAGUACAGUUUGAUCAAUGACCAGCUGAAAUUGCUAAGCACAGAAAAUCAGAAACAAGCAAUGUUGGUGCGUCAAUUAGAAGAGGAACUGCGUGCUCGUAUGCGCCAACCGAACAUUGAGAUGCAGCAACAAAUCGAGGCGGUCUACGCGGAAAAUGAUCAUUUGCAGCGUGAAAUUAGCAUUUUGCGAGAGACAAUCAAAGAUUUGGAGUGUCGUGUCGAAACACAAAAACAAACUUUGAUUGCACGCGACGAAAGCAUUAAGAAAUUAUUGGAAAUGUUGCAGGCCAAGGGCAUGG